GCGAUCCUUUGGGUAAUUCUUUUCUGCUUGUCUCUACAUCAGAAACAUUUGGUAUAUGCCACAUUCCAGAACCGCUCCUUGAAGCUUACGAUAUGAAAAACAAUACGAGAGAAUUUGACAAUGAAAAUCUUCAUAGAAGUCUCUCUGUCAAAGAAAAAAUAGUUUUAUGCGUAAGUGCUACGACACAAUGCACAAAUAAGAGCAAAUCAAUUUUUGGUGGCCUACAACAUCAAUACCUAUGUUAUAUGCAAGGCACUUCUUAUGCAGUUACACCGAUUCACACAGAUGAGGAAGUAAAAUUAUAUGAACAACUAAGAAAACACAAUCCGUCUCUCGUUAGUCAAGCCGUAUCCGAACAAUGUUGGCAGGAUUUUACCAUUUUAUGGUCUCGAGAGUGUAACAAGGGUAUAACUAAAAACAUAUUCUAUAAGCUGCCCGAAAAUUUGCGUCAAUAUUUCAAGGAAAGAGAAAAUCAAAGCAGAUACCUCAAUUCUGUUCUUCUAAACAAAGAAACAGUUGAUACAGCAACAGAACUGAUUCAGAAAUCUCAGCAAAAAAUUUCACUUGGAAAAGCAACCGAUUUCUUACAAUUUCCAAACCAGACAUCCAGAGACGAUACUAACCAAAUACAUAUGAAAAACAGUACACCUUCAUCCCCUAGAUAUAAAAAAACCUCUAUGCUGCUAAAACCUAGAACUCAAAAAUCUAUG